AAAUUAAAAUGCUAGCAUUGCUGUGCAAAACCAGAACCAUGAAAUGCCUUCUCAAUCAAUUAUCACUUCUUCACCCUCCCAAUUUCCCUAAUUAUCUCAAGAGUACUCACAUUCUCAAUCCCCCUUCUCUCCGCUCUGGUUUUUGGGGUUCAAAUUCGAAGAUAAAUUUUCAGAAGUCGGGAUUUUGUAGUGAAACAAAAGCAAUGGCAUCAGCAGCGAAAAUUGUGCAAGACCCAGAAUCUAUAUCAUACUUAAGUCAACAAGAGGCAGCGGAAGUUGAUGAAAUUCUCAUGGGUCCGCUUGGAUUCAGCGUGGAUCAGUUAAUGGAAUUAGCUGGUUUGAGUGUGGCUACUUCAAUAGCUGAGUGUAAACGUGACCAUGUUAAGUUCUUCGCUCUUUCUUUCAUAUUGAGCGUGGCAUCGAGAAAAGGAAACGGCUUUCCUACUGUUCAAUCUGUCUGCGAAAGUCUAAGAAUUCUUUUCUUUUUCCUCUUAUUUUUCUGGAGUCUGCAACUCAUACUUAUCUUCACAACAACCAGUGUACUUCCGAGGAUAACACACCCUACAGAAGCAUUUUGGUCUGUUCAUUUUCUUGGUCGGACAGGUACCCCAAGGCCUCCUUUCGAUGAUAUGAUACAAAGGCUGGUCGCCUUAGGAAAUCCCAAUCAAAAGCAUCAGAAGUCACCUGUCAUUGUCUCUGUAGAUAUUCCAUCUGGAUGGCAUGUCGAAGAAGGAGAUCUUAGUGGUGAAGGCAUUAAACCUGACAUGCUGGUUUCCUUGACUGCUCCUAAGUUGUGUGCCAAAAAGUUUUCUGGUCCACACCACUUUCUAGGUGGCAGAUUUGUCCCCCCACCUAUUGCAGACAAAUUCAAGCUUAACCUUCCAGCAUAUCCUGGCACUUCUAUGUGCGUCCGAAUUGGGAAGCCUCCACAAGUUGACAUAUCAGCUCUAAGGGAGAACUAUAUAUCUCCCGAGUUUUCUGAGGACCAGGCUCAGACCGACCCCUUUGAUCAGUUCCAAAAAUGGUUUGAUGAUGCUGUGGCAGCAGGCCUGAAGGAACCAAAUGCUAUGGCCCUUUCCACAACUGGAAAGGAUGGGAAACCAUCAUCGCGAAUGGUAUUGCUAAAAGGAGUUGACAAAGAUGGUUUUGUCUGGUAUACCAAUUAUGAGAGUCAAAAGGCUCAGCAAAUAUCUGAAAAUCCUAGUGCUGCCCUCCUCUUUUACUGGGAUGGUUUGAAUCGUCAGGUGAGAGUUGAAGGGCCAGUGCAAAAAGUAUCAGAAGAAGAGUCAGAGAAGUACUUCCACAGCCGGCCAAGAGGAAGCCAGAUUGGAGCAAUAGUUAGCAAGCAGAGCACUGUAAUUCCUGGACGGCAGUUUCUCCACCAACAACAGGAAGAGCUGGAAGCGAAAUACUCUGAUGGGAACACUAUUCCCAAACCCAAAUACUGGGGAGGAUACAGACUAAAACCUGAGCUUUUUGAGUUUUGGCAAGGACAACCUUCUCGCUUGCAUGAUAGGUUGCUUUACUCUCCAAUUGAGACUGAUGGAACGAGAGCAUGGAAAAUUGAGCGAUUGUCACCAUGACUAGUAUUUUCAGCGUCCUCAUUGUGAAAUACUACUUCGUCUAUUUAUUGUUAAAUAAAAGAAUAUUUUUCUGGUGAAAUUUACUCUCGUUAGUGAUCAAACAAUAAAAUCCCACAUGCUCUUGGUGAAACUAUUGUUUACAUGUGCAUUUUUGGCCAGUUAUUGAAAUGCAUGUACUAAACGAGCCGUUGAGCUAUGCAUUGGAAUGGAACUGCUGAAUCAUUAAUUGA